GCAAAGCCGCGUUUCGGCUAUUAUGAGGACGAGGACUCAAGUUAUGAGGACGAGGACGAGCAGCAAAGCGUAGACCUACUAGAGCCCUUUACGGGCUAUCUCGAGGCAGUGGGCUCGGUGGGAUGCCCCUGCAGUAGCCUGCAGCAAGUACUGGUGGCAUUCGGGGUAAUGCCACCAGUACUUGCCGGGAAAAAAUUGCGGCGUUUAUUCGCCGCAUGUGCGUUUGUUUUAUUACCUUGUACACAACCAAGUUGCUUUAUUUUGAAUUAA